AUGGCGGGUUGGUACAUCCCCCGAAACUAUCGGCCCGAGGCCCCUAUGCUGAUGAGGCUAGGCAUCAUCUUCUUGGAUAGGCAUCCGGAGUUCUGGAACUGCAGUGCCGCUUGUAGGUUCCGUUUGCCGUCAUCAACAGCCGGUACUACGGCACCGCGGCCACCCGCUCGCCGGCGGAACCGACUCCUUGAGUGCAUGCGCCACAACGACAGCCUCCACACAACCGGUGCCGUAGUUCCUGCGCCGCUCAUCGUCGUCGAGGACCUGCACCGGCUCGUGGCCCACGAGUGGGCGCACCUCGCCACCUACUUUACGCGGGUCCUCAACGCCAUCGAGUGGGCGCUGCAGCGCGGUGGCGGGCACUGA